CUAAGUGUAAUCAACAAACACAUUGGUAUUAUUAAAAACGAAAAAUUGCGUAUUUUAACUAAAAGUAAACAGAUUUUGCGAAGCAAAUAACCCAAACAUGUACCUAACGCGUCACUUGAGGCUAUUACCAAGGAGGAAUGUUGGACGUCAGCUGGCAAGCGGUAACAGUACACACUGCAAUUACACAACCGCUGCGCCGGCAGAAGAGCACAUUGAAAUUCCAAGUCGCAUAGAGCGUUCGCCAACAGAUGUUCUACAAGCGCUGGCCGGCACUGUGGGGCGUGAUCCGACCGCACCGCACUACAAGUACCAUGAUGAUCCAUUUUUGAUCCCAAUGUCUAACAUGGCCAAGAGAACUUUUGCGCUCUCCAAGGAAGCAGGCCGAAAGGCAGCUAAUUGGAUAAAGGAAGAGCAUCACGAAUUAUUUAUGCAUCAAGAGGCACAGCCGGCUAUAGAAAAGUUCGCGCCGCGCAUGGUAUACACAGAGGAGUCCGAGGUGGAUGCAGGCACACUAGAACGUCUGAUAGCACAAGGCGAUCUGGCAGAUGCGGUGCUGGUGUACAAUACAAUGGAGACUAAGGGUAUUGAAGUGAGCGCCGAGCUUAAGCAAAGUUUGCUGGAAAUGGUGUGUUUCUACAACAAUCAGGAGCCGUUGCCGGAGGAUUACAUUGAAGAGCGCUGGUUUACGCAAAACAGUCGUCGCCGCGAGCGCAGUGCCAAGACCUGGAAGGAUGGCGAUCUGGCCGAGAAAUUGUACGGAGCCAUUGAACCUAAGACGCCAGAAGCAUAUGCAGCCCUCAUACGCGGCAUGGCCAAAUAUUUGCAAUGUGAACGUGCCUAUGCGCUGCUGCAGGAGGCCAACGAGCGAGGUCUACAACUAGACACUGGUAGCUUUAAUGCCAUUAUACAGAUAGUAAGCUUGCUUAAGAAUACAGCGGAGCAACGUUGGCAGCUGUGUCAGGAGCUGUUGCAGCAAAUGUGCGAGCAGCAACUGCAGCCAAACUUGGGCACCAUGAAUGCGCUGCUCGAGUGCAUCAGCACUUUCGGUAACUUUAAAUUGGCACGCACUGCAGCACUCAAGGUACUACCAGAGUUCAAGCAGCUGGGCAUUGCGCCUAGUUUGGGCAGCUACUACUUCCUACUUAUCAUCUUCUGUCGCGAGCGUGCACCAGUAUCGCAUGUUAUAGUGGAUAUACUCAAUGACAUAGCCGGCAAGGAAUUCAAGAUACAACAUCCCAAAGAUACCUACUUCUUUGCCACGGCCAUGGAUGUGUGUCGCAAUCAUCUGCAUGACAAGGCGUUGGCCAAAAAGGUGAACGAGCUGCUGCACACGGGCAACAACUACGAUUUGGUUGGCGACUCCUUUAAGGAAGCUGUCUACUAUCGCAAUUAUCUCGCCUUGCUCUGCCAAACAGAGUCCAUUGAUGACUUUAUGCGCACUUAUGAUCAGCUGGUGCCCAACAUUUAUACACCCGAGCCUGGCAUAAUGGAGGAAAUACUGCGCGCAUUGGAAAUCAAUGGCGCUAUUGAGCAAAUGCCACGCAUUUGGUCCGACAUGGUGGUCUUUGAUCACGUCCAUCAGGAGCGUCUGCUACUGCUAGUGCUACGCAUUAUGGUCGACAAUAAACCAAAUCUGCAACUACCAGCGCAUGAGCUGCUGUCCGAGCAAUGCGCCAAGGUGGCUCUGGACAUGUUCAGCAGCAUCGAAGAGCCAAGGCGUUACAAAAAGCUCAACUUUACGGGCCAGAUGCUAGGCGACAUACUGACGCUUUUGGUACGCUGCGAAAGCAGCUUUGAGAAAGCCACAGAGGUGCUAGCCUAUAUAGAUAAGCAGCAGCAUCGCAUUCCUGGCACGCCUGCGGACAGCGCCUUAUUGGAAUUUGUGGACGCUGCUGUGAUACAAAAAGCGCCCAGUCAGGCAUUGGUAGCGCUGCAAUAUGCCGUGGACAACAACAUGGAGACAACAACGCUGGCGCAGCGCAUCAACGAUGGCUUUACGCUCAACGAAGUGCAUUUGGCAAAACUAAAGUCUUUAGUUGGAGAUAGUUUUUUAAAUAAAUAAUUUAUGUGAGCUUUAUAAAAGUUUUGAAAUUUGUUUUCUAAAUGCAAUAAA